UAUAGCGCAAGCUUGCGCUGAGAGAAAAGAGGAGGUUCUUAAAGAGAGUUUUAAUUAUUUAUGUUUCCAGUAGAAAAAUAAUUACAGCGAUAUUGCACAGGGACUUAAUUUGUUGUCUUUGUCUUGCCAUGCAAGAAAACUGGAUAAGAUUACAGUAGGAAAUCAAAAGCUACAGCGAAGGAGAGGAGGAUGAAGCGGCGCAAUGCGGAAUGCAGCAAACUCCGACGGCCGUUAAAACGGAACCGAAUCACCGAGGGCAUAUACGGCAGUACCUUCCUGUACCUGAAGUUCCUUGUGGUGUGGGCUCUGGUGCUGUUGGCAGACUUUGUGCUCGAGUUCAGAUUUGAGUACCUGUGGCCUUUCUGGCUCUUCAUCAGAAGUGUGUACGACUCCUUCAGAUACCAGGGGCUGGCAUUCUCUCUGUUCUUUGUGUGUGUGGCGCUUACCUCUGACACCAUAUGCCUGCUCUUCAUCCCAGUACAAUGGCUGUUCUUCGCUGCCAGUACCUACGUGUGGGUGCAGUACGUGUGGCACACAGAGAGGGGGGUCUGUCUCCCCACAGUGUCUCUUUGGAUACUCUUUGUGUACAUAGAGGCAGCCAUCAGAUUCAAAGACCUGAAGAACUUCCAUGUCGACUUGUGUCGCCCAUUCGCUUCACAUUGCAUUGGAUACCCAGUGGUGACACUGGGCUUUGGAUUCAACAGCUACGUCAGCUAUAAGAUGCGCUUAAGAAGGCAGGAGGUGGUGCAGAAGGAGAAUGAGUUCUACAUGCAGCUCCUGCUGCAGGCCCUGCCACCAGAGCAACAGAUGCUCCAGAGACAGGAAAGGGAGGCAGAGGAAGCUGCAUUAGCUAAAGGGAUAUCUGAGAUGGACUCCACCCCAGUCUCACAGAAUGGUGCCCCCGCCAGUAAAAAAAUGGCAGCUAUGCUGCCGGAGCUGGAGUACAGAGAUAAAGGGAAAGAGGGCCGCGAGGCCAAAAAGCAACACAACAGCAUCCUGCCAUCAUCGGUAGACUCUAAACUCCAGGAGAUGGAGUACAUGGAGAACCAUAUGAACAACAAGAGACUCACCACAGAGCUGGUGGGCAGCACAGAGAACCUGCUGCUGAAGGAGGAGAACUCCUCCUCGAAAAACUACAAGAACUCCAGCGGAAACGCGGCAGUCAACUCCUUGCCCUGCGGACACUGCGCCACCAACGGCAGCGUCCCAUCAGCCCCUUCCUCCUUUUCCUGGGGGAAGAAGCAGAAGUGUGCAGCGGGGAAGGGCCCAGCAGUAGGCUCCCACAGGGACCCAACAGACAACUGCAUCCCUAACAAUCAGCUAAGCAAGCCUGAGGCGCUCGUACGGCUGGAGCAGGAUGUGAAGAAGCUGAAGGCAGACCUUCAGGCCAGCAGACAGGUGGAGCAGGACCUGCGCAGUCAGAUCGCCUCCCUUGGCAGCGCUGAGCGCUCCAUCCGCUCUGAACUGGGCCAGCUGCGCCAGGAGAACGAGCUGCUGCAGAACAAACUCCAUAACACUAUCCAGGCCAAGCAGAAGGACAAGCAGACCAUGGGCCAGCUGGAAAAGAGGCUGAAAGUUGAGCAGGAGGCCCAUGCCAACGCAGAGAAACAGCUUGCAGAUGAGAAGAAACGCAAGAAGCUGGAGGAUGCCACCGCAGCCAGAGCCGUCGCUCUAGCAGCAGCAUCCAGGGGGGAGUGCACAGAUACAAUGAGGAGGCGGGUCACGGAGCUGGAGACAGAGUGUAAGAAACUAACCAUGGACAUCAAGCUCAAAGAAGACCAGCUCAGAGAGCUGGAGAUGACCGUGCAGGAGCUCCAGAAGUACAAGGAGAAUGAGAAGGACACAGAAGUGCUGAUGUCAGCGCUGUCGGCCAUGCAGGAAAAGACCCAGCACCUGGAGAACAGCCUGUCUGCAGAGACCCGCAUCAAACUGGACCUGUUCUCAGCACUGGGUGAUGCCAAGAGACAGCUGGAGAUCGCACAAGGUCAGAUCCCGCAGAAGGACCAGGAGAUCAAGGACCUGAAGCAGAAAAUAGCUGAGGUGAUGGCUGUCAUGCCCAGCAUCUCCUACACAGCUGACAGCAGCAACAUGACUCCCGUGGCCCCCCACUACUCCUCCAAGUUCAUGGACACAAGUCCCUCGGGCCUGGACCCAAAUGCCUCCAUCUACCAGCCACUCAAAAAGUGAACGCUCCCUCCAACCCGUCAUUCUCUUUUUUAUUUUUUUUAAAGCUGACCUCCAGAUCUGCUUGGAAGGUCUGUGACUUGUUUUGUUUUUCCUUGCCAGGUCCAAAGGAUGUUGUAUUGGGACUAUUUAUUGUAGUUUUUUUUUAAAGACUAGGGGACAUCACAUGUAAACCAGUUAUUUUUCUUUUGGUAAAUCUCUAGUGAAACCUUACAGAAUUGGGCUUAUGUAGGAUGUUUCAGUUCCCCCUUCUACUCCACCUGUUACUUGGUCUCUGGUCUUGGUUAAUUCUGGUGUUGGUUUUAUUCAUUUAAAAUCUGGGAUGUGGAUCUCUGCUAGGAGUGCUCACCCUUAUUUCCAUGUUGGAAAUUCUGAUCGCUGAGUGCGGAUACCCAUUUAUUUUUAUGGUAGGACGUCACAAUCUGUACGUUGGUAUAGACUCUAGCCCUGUUUUGUCAAUGGUAUUUUUCAGUUGUGAAUAUCAGACCAAAUUGAACGUUCCAUUGGGUGUUCAUGGGGUUUUGUGGUAUUGGUUCUAUUAUGUUUGAAAGUGGAUUGUGUGAUCUCCUAUUUACUUGUUGAUCUUACCACAAAGUUGAAGAAAAAAAUCACUGGGAUGAGAACAGAGCUGUACCAAGAUGUUAUGUUAGAAUAACAAGGGAUAAACUACUGUCAAUGUAAACCAUCCUCAACAACCCCAAAUGUUGAGUAUCAUCUGCAAAAUUACAUUUAUUUCCCAAAAAGCACCCUAAUUUCUACAAUACUUUCAAAGUGUUAAGCAAAGGCAGUAUUUAAGAGAAGUUAAUAUAUGAUAUGCCUUCUCUUCAGUGGUGGGCCGUCAGGGCCUGCAAGGCCUUCUCUGCUGGCCUAAACAUCAUCAGAAUAUAUAUAUUUUUUUAAAUAUA